GGCAACGCGCAUGGGCCAAACGUCUCCAAAUCAGAUCUUUAAGCAAAAGCAAAACCUCACCUUCGCUGCUCUGCUUAUCUCUUUGUUCAAUAGAUAAAAGGUCUCCAAAUCAGAUCUUUAAGCAAAAGCAAAAGCAAAACCUCACCUUCGCUUCUCUGCUUAUCUCUUUGUUCAAUUCUCAAAUCUCAAUCAUCUAUUUCUAUCAAGUCCUGGAGUACCUUUAUUUCUGAUUAGCCUGCUCCAUUCAGCUUGAUCUAACCAGAAUCUUUUCUACCUUCAUUCUACCAACUAUGUGGAGGUUCAAGCCAUUUUUGCAAAAAGAACCAGCAGGGCUCGAGGGCAGAUCCCUUGAUGUUGCCAAUCUUAAACUUCAUGUUCGCAAUGCCAUUGCUGAGGGUGGCUUCUCUUGUGUCUACUUAGCUAAGGAUGCUCUACAUGCUUCAAAACAUUAUGCCUUGAAGCACAUCAUAUGCAAUGAUCAGGAGUCAUUGGAUUUGGUUGUCAAGGAGAUAUCUGUCAUGAAAUCACUUCAAGGACAUCCAAAUGUCGUCACACUUUAUGCACAUACUAUCUUGGACUUGGGUAGGACCAAGGAAGCCCUCCUUGUCAUGGAAUUUUGUGACAAAUCUCUUGUUAACGUCUUAGAGGCCAGAGGAGCUGCCUAUUUUGAAGAGAAACAGGUUCUUACGAUUUUUAGGGAUGUGUGCAAUGCAGUCUUCGCAAUGCAUUGCCAAUCCCCGCCAAUUGCUCACAGAGACCUGAAAGCUGAGAACCUUUUGCUGGGUUCUGAUGGAUCGUGGAAGUUGUGUGAUUUUGGGAGCACAUCUACCAAUCACAAGCAUUUUGAGAAGCCUGAAGAGAUGGGUAUAGAAGAAGACAAUAUCAGGAAGCACACCACACCCGCCUAUAGAGCCCCUGAGAUGUGGGAUCUGUUCCGGAGAGAUCUUAUUAAUGAAAAGGUGGACAUAUGGGCCCUCGGGUGUCUUCUCUUUCGAAUUUGCUACUUCAAGAAUGCAUUUGAUGGGGAAUCAAAGCUACAAAUCUUAAAUGGGAACUAUCGGAUUCCAGACUUACCUAAGUACAGCUCUUCAGUUAAAGACCUAAUCAAAGACUUGCUUCAUGCUUCACCUGUUGACAGACCUGACAUCACGCAGGUCUGGUUUCGUGUUAAUGAGCAGUUGCCUGCCACUCUACGGAAGUCCUUACCUGAUCGGCCACCUGAAAUGUCAUCUAUUGAAGCAGGUUUUCCAAGGCCUGCAAAUAGGUCACCUCAGAUGCCUCGUAGAAGUCCACCCCCACCACCUGGGGAAUCAGCUAGAAAUUUAUUACAGCCUGGUUCAAGGGCAAGUGGCAGACAGCUUGGUGUUUUCUGGUCAACUCAGCAUGCAAAGGACUCAAUUGUGGCUGAAGAGAAGAGCAGACCCAAAUUUGAUGAAGAUCCAACCAGCUAUAGCUCAAUAAAAAAUGACAGGAGUCAUCCUGAGAAUGACCCUUUACCUUACGGGGAAAAUGUACAAACUCAUUCUACACCAAGAAAUAUGCCUGAUAUAUCACACAAACCUGAAGAUGGCCCUUCAAAAGAUUUUGAAAUAAAAUUUUUCGAGGAUAAGGAUACCACCACUACUUUUCAAGACGAGGCAUUUAAUUCCUUUAUUGCUGAAUUUGAUACCAAUAAGAUCAGUUCUGGAAUUAGUGAUAAAAAAACUGGAAAAGAAGAAGCAUUAGAGGCUGAAAUAGAGAGGCUGAAAGAACAGCUAAAGCAAUCCAACUUGGGGAAGGCUGGGAUGGCUUCCAAACUUGAAAAGUUAUGUGCAAUUUGUCGAUCCCAGAGGCAGGAAAUACAGGAGCUCAAGCAAGCCCUUGCUGCUAGAGCUCCAUCUCCAAAUAAAAGUACUUUAAGAAAUCAAAACUUACCUGGAAGUCUGCAGAGGGAGAAGAUUGAAGGAACAUUGUGGGAAUUCUCGCAAGAAAAAUCUGCUGACUGGACAACUGCUAGCCCAGAAGCAAAGCCAUGGCAGGGUUUUUCUGAGGAUGCCAAACCACAGCACCAGCCUCUUUCAAAGGAUAAUGUCCAGUCAGUUAGAACCAGAAAUGGUCACUUAAAUAAGCAUGCUGCUCACGCAUCUUCUGCUUUGGACACAUGGAGUUUUGGUACAGAUAGCUUUACGGCCGCCCCUGCUGCCAGCUUCGAGAGAUUGAAACCACCUAUAAGUGAAGGAAAUAGCUCUCAGCGCUUCGGUGAGUCAACAAUCAGGGAGAAUCAUCCGACUUCUCAACCUGCUGGAUGGGCUGGUUUUUGAUUUAGUCACUAUGAUAAGUUAUGAUUUAUGAGGAAUUAUGUGACUUGCCAGGCUUGUUUGUUACUCUUGGUUGUCUGUGUGCCAUAGAACAAUUUGCACAUUUCUCUGGGCUAAGCAGCAAAUACAAAACGUAUACUUUUCUGCAUGACGUGAUGUUGAUUGUUGUCCACGGAUAAUAACAUAGUUUUUGUUGAAAGUGUUAGUUGGUGGUAAUGGUCUUGGGGCAGUUGAAGGAUUUAUACGGUACUUUUCCUGCUUUCGAUCUCGAUGCUUCAUAGAGUGACUAGUGUUUUCUUUCUGACAAUGAUAUGCAGUUAUUUGAUUGUAUUUGAUGCGUAAAAAAUGCUGUCUCAAGGACGCCAUUACAUCGGGGUAUAUCGUGUUGAAGCAUUGUUCUAUACUCUGGUGUCAAUCAUGGGUGUUUUCAGCUUUUAUUUUUAAGUUUUUCCUUCGAAGUGUUGUAUAUGCCCCAAUUAUGUUGUAUUGUUUUACGUGUCCAACUACUAGUGUUUUACAGGGGUGGGUAAGGCCGUGAGGUAUAAAUGAAGAGUGGGAAUGGCUACUGGUAGGAUAACAUAUCAUGAUUUUUAAAUAGCAUGGAAUAUGGAAAGAUCUUGUUCGUCUGCAAAUGGAAUUGAGGAACGCGCAUGAUACUAUAAAUAAAUGCACUUUGUAUAUCAGAUUCCUGCCAUCAUAGUGAUAAAGCUAGUUAAUGUCAUAAACGACAGUUAUUUUAAGGUGGAUAUAAAUCUAGAGAGAAAUCGUACAGAAUGGAAAUAGAAACAAUCGCGAAUACUGUAUCAAUAACUUUUGAAAUUCUAUAAAUAUACUGACGGCUACUUUAAGUUUAGGAGUAUUUAUAGACUAUAGCCGAAUCCCCAAUACAGGAUAUGUGGCUUUAGUUUUAGAGUGGGCAUAGAUUUAUCAUGGUUUGCUUUUAUGCUAGCAACGUGGGUUUAGAAGAGUGAUUCGGAAAUCAGACCCGCUAGUCUUUAUUUAACGGAUUGAUUUUGAGUCAGUUCCUCUCUUGAGCCUCACAAUAGAUUAAUUAAUUUUAUCACAGGCCUUAGGAAUUAGGUUU